UGCAACGAUGACACUCGCACGAUUUGAGAAGGACGUGAAGCGCACCGACACCGGGUUCCUGGCAAUAGCAACACAGGUGGAGAACGACGAAGAGAAGACCUCGGAACCUCCAGGACAAAUCAAGCAAUUGCUGGAGUUCCAAGACAUUCUCCCUGACGAUCUUCCGAACGAGCUACCGCCAUACCGAACGCAUCAACACGAGAUCGUGGAGGAACCAGGUUCGAAGCCAACCUUCCGAGCACCAUACCGGCUCAGCCCUACAGAGCUGACCGAUAUGAAAAAACAGAUCGAGUAUCUCCUCGCCAAAGGGCUCAUCCGACCAUCCACUUCGCCAUACGGUGCCCCAGUACUCUUCACACCGAAACCGGACAGAAGCCUGCGCAUGUAUAUCGAUUACCGAGCUCUCAACAAGCAGACCAUCAAGAAUAAAUAUCCGAUACCACGAAUCGAUGACCUGCUUGACCAGCUUCGGGGAGCUACGGUAUUUUCCAAACUGGAUAUGCAGUCCGGAUACUGGCAGAUACGAAUGGCGCACAAAUCCAUCCACAAAACUGCUUUCCGAAAUCGGUACGGAUCGUACGAGUAUUUGGUCAUAACGUUCGGACUCACCAACGCACCGGCAAUGUUCCUAGCCGAGGUGAACCACAUUCUACGCCCACUAUUUGAUGAGUGCAUGGUGGUGUACCUGGACGACAUCCUCAUCUACUCGUGCGACAUGAAGCAACACGUCGAACACCAGCGACGCGUCUUCGAGAUUCUUCGGCGGGAGCGGUUCUACAUCAAAAUGUCCAAGAGCGAAUUCGCCUUUGAGAAGGUCCAGUUCCUAGGACACCUGGUGAGCGCUCAAGGAGUUCUCGUCGACCCCAAGAAAAUCGAAGCCGUACGUACGUGGAAGACACCCAAGAACGUGAAGGAGUUGCAGCAGUUCCUAGGCUUCGCUAAUUAUUACAACAGGUUCGUGCCACAGUACGCGAAACUCGCAGCACCACUCAUGAAUCUGCUGAAGAAGAACACGCCCUACAAAUGGGAGCCGAAGCACCAGGAAGCCGUGGAGCAGCUGAAACAAGCAGUCACGUCCGCACCUGUACUCAUCUUGCCAGAUCCCGAAUGCGACUACGUCAUCGAAGCUGACGCCAGCGACCAUGCACUGGGAGCAGUCUUGAUGCAAGAUCAGGGGAAUGGACUGCAACCAAUCGCCUACCUGGGUAAGAAACUACACGGGGCAGAACUAAACUACCCGAUACACGACAAAGAGGCCCUUGCCAUCGUCAUCGCCUUCAAAGCGUGGAGAUGUUAUCUCGAAGGACGAAGAACAACCGUCUACACCGACCACUGCAGCCUGAAAUACUUGAAGACACAACCCAACAUUUCCAGGCGACAGGUCUGGUGGAUCGACUUCCUCGAGACCCACUUCCACUACGACAUCGUGUACAAGCCUGGCCAUAAAAACAAAGCAGACGCUCUUAGCCGGCCUGCACAUGUUGCCGCUAUCCAGGUUGAGGGGAUGAAUCCACUACUCAAGGGACUCUUCACACACGGGUACGCCAUCGACCCCGAAAUUCCCUUGGCAGAAAAGCGACAUCUGCUACACAUGGCAUUCCAAUCACACUUAUCUCCGACUGAGACCCCAAGUUCACCAGCAAGUUCUGGAAGGAACUCAUGUCUCUCCUCGGAACCAAACUCGCCAUCUCAUCCGCUUACCAUCCGCAGACAGACGGGCAGACCUGUUGGUUAGAGAAGGCUAUAAGCAGAUGAUUCAA